AUGGCGGCGCCCAGCGUGUUCCUGCUGGCCGUGAGCGGCGAGAUCGAGAGCGGGGAGUUCCCGGGAUUCGAUGACCUCUACUGCAAGUUCUCCUUUGUCUAUGGCCAGGACUGGGUCCCCACGGCGGGCCUGGAGGAGGGAAUCUCCCAGAUCACCUCCAAGAGCAGCGUCUCACCCACCACGCUGGUCUGGAACUUCCCCAUCGACAUCACCUUCAAGAGCACCAACCCUUUUGGCUGGCCACAGAUUGUGCUCAGUGUCUACGGGCCUGACUUCUUUGGCCACGAUGUGGUCAGAGGUUAUGGAGCUGUCCACGUGCCCUUCGUGCCGGGCAGGCACAAAAGAACCAUUGCCAUGUUCGUCCCAGAGUCCACCUCGAGGCUGCAGCAGCUCACAAGCUGGUUCACAGGGAGACGCCCGGAAUUCACCGACCCCAAAGUGGUGGCACAGGGAGAAGGACGGGAAGUGACCAGGGUGCGUUCCCAAGGCUUUGUGACCAUUUCCUUCAACGUGAUGACCAAAGAUCUGCACAAGCUGGGCUACGACGUGGGUCCUGCUGAGGGGCCUGGCCCACAGGGCUUCCACAGCUUCUGAGCUCCCCACAACCUGCUCAAAGCUCUUUUUAGGGCAAGGAGGAGCUGUUUCAACUCAAUCAUCCCAAAAAAAAAAAAAAAAAAAAAAAAAAAACAGCCUGGGAGGAUCUGGGAAAAAAUGACCAAGUCUGAUCCUCUCAGUAAGGUUGAAGUAUUGUGGGAAUUGAUGUUAUUGAUAACAUUCAGUGUUUUUAGAGGUCAGACUGUCUCAGAGUAAGGCCUGUAACAAAAUAUUUUUAUAGCAGCCUUUUGCACACUUUUUUUAUAGAAUUAAUGACACUAAUUAAUGACAUUGAAGUUUCAAGCUGUAGCAGUUUCCCUGCAGUUAAAACUUUGCAAACCCAGUUUCUUUUUAGUGAUUUUUUUUCUUUGUACGUGUGUUGCAAAUGAGGAACUGAAA